AUGUCGACAUCCGCCACAGAGGAAAACGCCACUCCGGCCAAGUCAGUGAAUGGCAAUGGCCACCGCCCACCCCUCUCCACCAUCCUCCCGCCCAUGAUCCUCGGCUCCGCCACCUUCAACUCUCAGUACGUCCGGGACCCGUCCGCCGUGCCGGCUCGCCCCAUCGUCUCCCGCGCCUUCGACCUGGGCAUCCGCGCCUUCGACACAUCUCCCUACUAUGGCCCCGCCGAGCUCCUGCUGGGCGACGCACUCGCCGCCGCCGACAGACCCCGCGACUCGUAUCUCCUCAUCAGCAAGGCCGGCCGCAUCGGCCCCACGACGUUUGACUACUCAGCCGCCGCCAUCACCGCCUCCAUCCUCCGCAGCCUCGAGCGCCUGCGCACCCCCUACCUCGACCUGGCCUACCUCCACGACGUCGAGUUCGUCACCACCGCCGACGUCCUGGCCGGGCUCGGCGCCCUCCGCGACCUCCAAUCCCGCGGCCUGAUCCGCUACGUCGGCAUCUCGGGCUACCCCGUCGCCCGCCUGCUCGACCUCGCCGAGGCCAUCACCGCCACCACCGGCUCCCCCGUCGACGCCAUCCUCAGCUACGCGCACUUUUCCGUGCAGAACACCAUGCUCGCCGACCCCGAAACCCUGGCCCGCUUCCGCCGCGCCGGCGUCGACGUCGUCCUCAACGCCAGCAUCCUCGCCAUGGGCCUGCUGACGCCUGGCAUCUCGGCCGGCCCGCAGGAGAGCUGGCACCCGGCGCCCGAGGGCCUGCGCGCCGCGUGCGUGGCGCUGCGCAACGAGUGUGCCGCCCGCGGUGGCAAGAGGCUCGAGGAGGUCGCCAUCGAGUACGCGCUGAAGGAGUGGGGCCGGCUGGCGGUCGACGCCGGGCUCGCGGUCGGCAGGGGUGUGGGGCAGCAGACCGUGGGCGGGACCGUCAUCGGCGUGACGAGCGUGCGGGAGCUCGAGGAGACGAUGGCGGCGUGGGCUUCGGCCUGUCUGGAUCUGGGGCUAGUGGAAAAUGGCGACAAGGCCGGCGUGACGAACGGCAACGGCCAUGUGGAUGUCGCCAGUGGUGCCAAGGGAGCCCCUGAGGAUGUGGUUGCGUUUGUCAGACAGGUCUUGUGGCCCAUCCUUGGCCAGUGGAAGGACCACUCUUGGGAUAGUCCGCCCAAGGGCUGGUUUGACGAGAAUGGGAACGUGAACGGCUCCAAGGGUUUGUUAAGCAACGGUCACUGA